UAUCACACAGGUUAUUACAUAUGUAUCGUAAAUUAGAUACACAGGUGUGUGUUGUUCUGUAGUUUGACUUCAACAGUCCUCAUACCUACCUACACAAAAUUCAGUCAAAAAAAAAAACUCCUAUGAAUUCUUCUCCAUACCGCGAUACAGUCACGUCAACUGAGUUACUGCGAUGUCCCAAAAGACCACAAAGGCAAGAUGUUUUGGAUUCCGAAGGCAUAAAAUUAUGGGGUUCGAGACGUCUGCUGGUAGUGACAUUCGUGUUCUUUUGCCAUUUUUAUUUGUUCAUGCUGCGAGGAAACUUGAGCAUAGCGAUUGUGGAGAUGACAUCUGAGAAGAACAUUUCUAUAGGAGAUAAAAUCAUCACCCAAAAACCGGAGUUUGCAUGGGAUAUGAAAACCAAAGGAUGGGUACUGAGUUUAUUUUCCUACGGAUUCUGUUUCGGUUUCAUUGGAGGAUUUCUAACGACAAAAUACGGUGGCGUGACAAUCUGCGGAGUUGGAAUUUUAACAACGGCUAUUUUAACGAUGUUAUCACCUCUGGCACUUCGCACGAAUAUUUAUUUAUUUGGAGUUGGUCGAAUGGCCGAAGGAUUUUUUGAAAGUUUUGCCUAUGCCAGUACAUGCGAUAUAUUCAGUAGAUGGAUCCCGAAGCAUGAAUUACCAAAAAUUGUGGCUUUCAGUUUCACCGGGUAUCAUGUGGGUGCAGCUGUAACAUUCCCUGUAUGUGGUUUCAUCGCUCAAUAUUGGGGAUGGUCGAUGAUAUUUUACUUCUCAGGAUCUAUCGCAAUAAUAUGGAGCAUUUUAUUCUUCCUGAUGGUUCGUAAUGAUCCAUCGCAAGAUGAACGAAUUUCAGCUAGUGAAUUACGAUACCUCACUGAAAUGCAAGUUAGAGAUCGUAAAACCAUUACAUACCCUUGGAGAAAGAUUUUCACGUCUAAGGCACUGUGGGCCUUAUGUUUAAAUAAGAUCGCCUAUAGCUGGGCUCAGAUGACCAUGGUUUUUUGUUUUCCCCUCUACAUAAAAGACAUUACCAACAAGGAUGUAGCUCAAGUAGGAGUUCUAUCAGGUAUUCCCAAUGUGGCGAAUGUCUUUAUAACUCCUAUAGCAGGAUUGAUAAUAAGCCACUUGCAAAACAACCUCGGUUAUGAUGCCUCUCAAGUACAAAAAUCAACUCUGACUGUUGGAUUGCUGGUGGCAGGUGUGUUGUUUUUCAUUGUCGGAUUUUCUAAUUUCGUUGUGUCUUUAAUAUGCUCCGUAUUUAUUGUCAUCUCUCUCACAAUACAAGUUACAGUCGUGCAAUUGGUAGUUAUUGGAAUAUCACGAGACCACGCUGGUUUUGUGGCUGGUGUAUCUGCAUUCUGGUUUUCUGCUAGCUCUAUAGUAGCUCCAUUAUCUAUUGGAUACAUUGUUGUCAAUCAUACUUGGGAGGAAUGGUGCGGCUGUUUCGCGUUGAGUGGAAGUGUUAUGAUAUUUACAGCUAUCAUAACAGUGUUUUAUGGAUCCAGCAACGAUCAAGGAUGGUCAUCGAGAAAUCAGAACAAAGAUGUUGAAAUCAAUACCAAAAGCGAAACUUUGCUACAGCCAAACGAAUGAUUAUUUUCGGAGGAAACGUCCUCAUUUUUAUUGAUGUGUAACAAUUGGACCAUAUAUAUAUUAUUGUAGCCUAAUUUAUUAAUAAAUGAUGAGACAUGAUAUAAUUAUACCUAUCAAAUUUAUUUUUUAUUUAUUUUUAUGUAAUUUGGAAUUUAUCAAUUAUCAAAACAAUAAAACAAACGAAUGAUA